AUGAAUAAAACCAAAAAAAAUAAAGAUUUUGUUGGGACCCUUAGAAGUAUUCUUGAAGUACAUUGAUUUAUAAUUAAGAAUGAUGAAUUUUAAGAGAUAGUUUAAUUGUUAAAGGAAAAAAAUGGGUUUAAAAUUAAGGAUCUGGAAUUAUUUAAAUCGGUAAUUUUAAUUAAAUAUUUUUCACAUAAUAAUUAUUCAAGUUUUAGAAGGUUUAUUAAUUUUAUUUUCUUAGAUAACUUAAUUUAUAUGGGUUUUAAUCGCAUAAAUCUAAUAAAUAAGAAAUCAUGUAUAUUAAUGAAUCAUUCAAUUUUGAAACUGAUAAAAGACUGAAAAAAUAGCAUAAAAUAAAAUUAUAUUCUGAAAAUAUUGAGUAGGAAUAAAAAAGAUAGUUUAAUUAACUUUUAUAACUUUAAUAAAAUUAGAAGCAGAUGAUUGAAUAGAUAAAGACAAUAAUCAAUACUUAGGAAGAAAUGAAAGAAAAAAUGAGAUCACAAUUAUCUGUAAAAAUUAAUUAAGAUUAGAAUUAUGUAUAAAAUAGGUUCAUAUCAGAUUAAAGAGAUAAAUUCCUUUAUCUUGCACUAACUUUAUACACUAACAUUGA